GUUGUCAAAACAUAAAUUUUGGAAAUUUAUGAUCUCCGUAGAUGAUCCUCCCCGUCCAUCCCAUAUCUCUAUCUCAUUCCAAAUCUAACCCUAACCCAUAAAUCCUCUAAUCUUUAUCAACCCAACACACAUACAUUCAUUCAACCAAGAGAGAGAGAGAGAGAGAGAGUCUAGAGAGAGAAAGCAGCUGCACCAAAACCCUCAUCAUUCUUCCUAACUCUCAACCAUAUGAAACCUCUUACAUAACCUCAACUUUAGCUUCAUCUUUCACUGUUCAGUUAGAUUUUGUGGAUCCUUAAAGACUCCACUUAUCAAUCUUUGUUGGGUGAAAGUCAAUACAGUGAAUAGUUAAUUGUAAGAAGAUCAAGAUCAAGAUCAAGAUCAAUGGAUCAGAUAGCUGCAUCUUCACAUGCUCACUCUCUCCCACCCCCUUUUCACACAAGAAACUUCAACUUGCAGCAUCAGUUUCAUCAACAAAAUUCAGAAGAUGAACAAAGUGGUACAACUGGUCUCAACAUGGGAGGUCAAAAGAGAGACCGUGAUGAGAAUAACAAUGAUGAGAUGUUGAAUGUUAGCGGUGGCGGUGGUAGUGAAGGUAGAGACGGUGAAAUCUCACGGCGGCCGAGAGGAAGACCGGCGGGUUCGAAGAACAAACCGAAACCGCCGAUUAUUAUCACAAGAGAUAGCGCGAACGCGCUUAGAACCCAUGUUAUGGAGAUUGCUGAUGGAAGUGAUGUGAUGGAAGGCAUUGCCACCUUUGCGCGGCGGCGCCAGCGUGGCGUUUGUAUUAUGAGUGGUAGCGGAACUGUGACUAAUGUCACUCUCCGACAACCAGCAUCGCCCGGUGCAGUUGUUACAUUGCACGGGCGAUUUGAGAUCUUGUCGUUGUCAGGGUCUUUUUUGCCUCCACCAGCUCCACCUGCUGCCACUGGCUUGACUAUUUAUCUAGCCGGUGGACAGGGUCAGGUGGUUGGUGGAGGUGUGGUUGGGGCCCUUUUAGCUGCAGGGCCCGUUGUUAUCAUGGCGGCGUCAUUUAGCAACGCCGCCUAUGAAAGGCUUCCUCUAGAAGAGGAGGAGGCCACUUUACCAAUCCAAGGUGGCUCCUUAGGAUCUCCGGGAGCCAUCAAUCCCUCACAACAACAAAUGUUAAAUGAUCCUUCACUUUUUCAACAUGGCAUGUCUCAAAACCUACUCAACUCGAUUCAAUUACCAAACGAUGGUUAUUGGGGCAACGGUGGCGGCAGUGGUGGUGGUGGUCGUCAACCAUACUAACCAUAGCGUUGAAUAUGGAAUGUUGUAUUGAAGUAUCACACAAGAAUAAUUUGGAUGUCAAGCUUGCAAGAUUUAGGUUUAAUUAUCCUUGAGGAUUUGAAUUGAAGUGUUGAGCAAGAUUUCAGGUUUCAUUCUUUUACCCUUCUAUUCCUAAUUUGUGUCAACCCUUUUACUUCUUAGUUAAUGAAUUAGUUAGAUAGAGACUUUGUUAAUUAAUUGUUAUGAGCUUGAUUUAGUAUUUAUGAUCAUAUGGAUUGAAACAUCUUUGUAAACUGUUGCUUCUUUGGCUGUUAAUCAUGAGUUUGAUUAUUAAUUUUCACAUAA